AUGGCUCCAGGGACGCCGAACUUCGGUGUGUACACACCAUUGGUGACCUUCUUCACCAAAGAUGAAUCUCUCGAUCUUGCAAGCACCUUGACGCAUGCAAAGCGCAUGGCAGAGGGCGGUGUCACUGGUCUAGUUCUGCAAGGAAGUAACGGAGAAGCACCACAUCUAGAUCACAACGACCGCAAAUCCCUGGUGCGCGCGGUGCGCGAUCAUCUCAAUGAAUUAGGGUAUGCGCAAAUGCAGCUGAUCGUUGGCUGUGGCGCACCUAGUGUCCGAGAAACACUGCUACAUAUUACCGAGGCCGAAGAGUCUGGCGCCGACUUUGCACUGAUCUUGCCUUCAUCGUAUUGGGUCGCAGCCAUGACCCCUGCUGUGAUUGAGGGGUUUUUCAACGAUGUAGCAUCCAGCUCCCCACUUCCGAUUCUGAUCUACAACUUCCCUGGCGUCACCGGUGGUAUCGACAUAAGUUCAGACUCGAUCAUCAAGCUCGCCCAGUCAAACUCCAACAUUGUUGGCUGCAAGCUCACCUGCGGCAAUGUCGGUAAGCUGCAGCGUAUCUCAUCCACCCUGCCCGCAGGCUCCUUUGCUGCCUUUGGAGGGAAGUCGGAUUUCUUCCUGCCCGCAUUGUUAGCCGGGUCCAAUGGAAUCAUUGCGGCUCUCGCCAACAUUGCGCCAAAAGUGCAUGUGGAAGUGCUGAGGAGAUAUCAGGAUGGUGACAUCAGGGGUGCUCAAGAGCUUCAGUCCUGUCUCAGUCAUGCAGACGACGCCCUCGUCAAGGUGGGCGUAACUGGUGUCAAAGCCAUUGUGUCCCAUCACUUCGGGUAUGGUUCAGGGCAAGGACGAAAGCCGUUGGAAAGCCGUACUGUGGAUACCUUUAGCGCGAAUGUCCUAGACCCCAUUCAGAGGGUGGUUGGUCUGGAGAAAAUGUGUAAAUAG